GCCUACUUUAUACAUAGACUUUUACAAUUUUUCUUUUUUUCAAUUUUUCAAUCGAGUACAUUGUGGCAGGUUAUUUUAGGGUUAGGAGCUUAGGUUAACUAAAAUGUCAAAAAAUAAAAAUGUCCAUGUUGGAUUGUAGUCUGUGUUAUCUAACAACACUCCUUUUCAUUUAGUAAUACACAUAGUUUGGGCUACUUUGGAAGUGCUUUUCCCACUUGUCACUUGAAUCGGACAAUAUUCUGACGGCCUGGACGUCAGACUUGCGUUGUGAGUUUUAAUGUUAACACUAGACAGAAUUGAUGAGCCCAGUGAGCCACAUAGUACACUACCUAUCAAAUUAGCCUAUACCUCAGAAGUCCAGCAUUAUAUUUCCAUGUACCCAGUGCAUGAUACACAUACUAAUUAUAAAAUAAUAAUUAAGUAAUUAAGCCCCUGUGACUCACACGAUAAUUGCUGGAGACGAGCAUCGACCCACAUCAUCCACUCCAGCUGUGCGUAAAAGCCCCUGUGCGGAAAAGGAGCUCUGUGACCCAAUAGCGCAUCAUCAGGGAAGGCGCGCUGUUGUUCUCUCUUUCAGCAUCUAAAAUAAUUCAGCAGAAAGGUGUAGACAUACCUGCACACACAUAUUUAUUAAUAGCUGUAAUCCAGGCGAAAAGCAUUAACCUUUUUAUUUUUACGCACACAUUUAAGGGGGAUUACGCAAGUGUUCAAUGAUGGAGCUCGUUAAACUUGUUCUAAUAGUUGUGCUGCUUCUGACAACUGUUCUCUCUCAAGAAAUGGAUGUUGACAACUGGAGAGAAGACAUCGAAGAGGACACAUGGCCAAACUCUGAUGUAAUUCAAGAUAUUUUUGUGAGAAUGACCAGAAAACCAGGACCACGCCAAUAUCUCGGACUAAUGGGGAAGAAAGACUCCGCAAAAACAAAGACAGCACGUAAACGGCAUAGAUUUCACACCUUUGUGGGUCUGAUGGGUAAAAGGAGCUUUGAGGAUCAAGGUGUGAUACUUCCAACUGUGACACUGAAUAUACUGAAGGGCAACUUGGGUGAAAAUCUGCCUGGUAACCGCUGACUUCAUCCCUGUAGGCGCAGUGAGCUGCACAGAAGAUUGAGCAUCUUGUUUUCUUACUUUGUUUAAUUUCAGACUGACAUGUUUUUCUUGUAUUUGGUCAGUCUGUCAUUGUUUCAUCAAAAAUGUCACAUUUAACAGUCAAGUUGAUCGUCAAAAUUUAGAUGAAAGUGGUAAUCCAGACUGAAAUAUCUCAACAUCUACUGAUAGACAUUUUGCACAGACAGACAUUCAUGGUCCUCAGAGGAUGAAUCCUGAUCCCCUGACUUUUCCUCUAGCGCCACCAUGAGUUGACAUUUAUGGUUUUGAGUGAAAUCAACUACUGGAUAGAGGCCAUGAAAUUUGACCAUGUAAUUGGUGUAAUACGUAUCCAUUGUCAAGUAAGUUGAGAUCCCUGACAUAGGCCUGACACAGGAAAAUUGGGUACUUUCCAUCAUGACCCGGCUGACACAGGAAAAUUGGGUACUUUCCAUCAUGACCCGGCUCUUACUAGGAAGUCAGGGGACUCUCCACCUGAUUAUAUGACGAAAAUUCACAAAGAAGAAGAGACUAUGAUCCUGAUGCUAUGCGCACGACAUAUAUGUCAUUUAAGUGUUGAUUGUUUGAUUAUUACGUCAUUUAAGAGAUAAUUAUUGUUUGAUUAUUAAGGAUAAUAAUUACGUGAAAUAGGUAUUGUGUGUAUACUGAUUUAAAGAAUGACUACUGUUUGAUUGUUAAAAGUAGGACAUGUGGUAAAAUUCAGAUCACGAAUGUACUACACUGAGUGAAUAUAGAGAAAUGGUUGAGUUGAGAGGGCCAGGGUAGGAUGCAUUUGAGAAAGUGUGUUGACACAGUGAGGCCAAUGUUGAAACAGUGGGGCCAUGUGGUAAAAAUCAGAUUAUGACUGUACUAAGCCAGAGGUGACAUAUAUUAGGAUAUAUAGAGAGAUGGAUGAGUUGAAAUGUGGAAAUAUACAGGAGGCAUGUGUUGUUAGGGACACGCGCUCGGUGAUGCAAGAUGACGCAUACAGAGCACACACACAUUUUGAAAGGAUAAGAAGGGACACCUCAGGAAGUAUCGGGGUUAGUUCUCCUGCUGGCUCCCGGAGUUCAAGACUCGCUGUUCCAUCGACCACGUCAGAGCAGCUAGUCUUUGGACUCAGAAAUUCAACUCAAGAGACAGAGCAACGAACAAAGCCAACAUCGCAGAAUGAGGAUCUCCUAUCACUUACGGCCGACACGGGAGUGUUUGGCAAUAGGAGAAUUAACCAGCCCCACCCGGCCUAAGGAUUACAAUUUGGAUUUUAAGGAGUACUCUUUCGUUUACCCUGCCAAUAGUGACUGUUUUGCAUAAGAGACUUUGCGGACUUUUGAAUUGAGUCGGGAGUUUCACGAAAAUCCAGCAGUAGGGCAGGCCAGGAAGGACUGUACUGACGAGCACAUCCCUUCCCUCUCUCUCCCUGCAACACUGGACAUUCCACCUUCCAGCUACAAGCCUUUAUAUCAGGGGUUUGGAUUUAAAUACAUUUUUACUUACGAAUAAUUGGUUAAGCUAAUGAUUUUGAAAUAUAUAAUUAAUCAGCGUUUUGAGAAUUAAAUGCAUUAUGCAAUUUCCUUGCUAAAAUCUGCGCAAUAAAGCUAUCAUUGAAGUUAAA